CUGUUUCAUCGAUAAAUCUCUGGUAGUGUACCCAAAGACGACGUCGUUGAAGGCAAACUAAACGAGUUCCCAAAUCUGAAUCUUCCUUCUAACGGCAUCGAUCCGAUCUGAGUUCGUUAUCCGACACUACGCAAUCGCCGAACUCCAUUAACGGCGACGAUGGAUCCGGCGAGAACGCCGUUGGGACAAAUGCUACUGGAAGAAAUCACUCCGGUGGUGAUGGUUCUUUCAACUCCUUCCGUUGAAGAAGCUUGCUUGAAAAACGGUUUCUCAUUUCUCCAGAUGCUUACUCCGUUCUGUUCCUUCAACAACAUCGACGUUCCAGUGAGAACUGCGAGUGAUCAGCCUUAUCGCAUUCACAAAUUUAAAUUGCGUCUCUUCUAUGGUUCUCAUGUUAAGAAGCCUGAUUUGAAGGUAGCUAAAGAGCAGUUGAAUCAAGUUAUCACUGACUCAGGAGAGAAAGUGUUUUCAGAGUUGUGCUUGGAUGCGUCGGAAAUUGAUCAUGAAACUGCGUGCUCUGAAGACAGAGAUACACCAUCUUGGUUUCAGUUUUUCAAUAAAGAGCUUGUCCGCAUGGCUUCCUUUUCAGACCAUGAAGCUUUUGACCAUCCCGUGGCUUGUCUUUUAGCUGUUUCUUCAAAAGAUGAACAUCCAAUGAGCAGAUUUGUUGAUCUUUUUAAUACCAACAAGCUUCCAUCCCUUCUAAAAGAUGGUGCAAUGGAUCCAAAGAUUUUAAAGCAUUACUUGUUGGUAAACGACAAUCAAGAUGGCGCCGCAGACAGCAGAGCAAGUAAAAUAUUGACUGAAAUGAGGAGUACAUUUGGUGCAAGUGACUGUUCGUUGCUUUCUAUUAAUUCUUCCCUAGAUGCUCCAAUCAAGCAUCAAGAUAAUCCCUGGGCUUCACAAGCAUGUGAUGCCUCACCUAAUCAAGAUCUUGGUUGCUUUCUUAACAUCGACGAUAUCGAUGAGAUCAAAGAUAUAAUGCAAAAUUUAUCAUCUAAGCACAUCAUUCCUAACAUGGAGCAAAAAAUUCGUGUGCUCAAUCAACAGGUUUCUGCCACACGUAAAGGUUUUAAAAACCAAAUAAAGAAUUUAUGGUGGAGAAAAGGGAAAGAAGACGUUGUAGAUUCUCUCAAUGGUCCUACGUAUAACUUUAACUCAAUUGAAUCCCAGAUUCGAGUUUUGGGUGACUAUGCUUUCAUGUUACGAGAUUAUGAACUUGCCUUGUCAAAUUAUCGCCUAAUUUCGACAGAUUACAAGAUUGAUAAAGCCUGGAAGCGUUAUGCUGGUGUGCAGGAAAUGAUGGGACUUACAUACUUCAUGUUGGAUCAAUCAAGAAAAGAAGCUGAAUAUUGCAUGGAAAAUGCUUUCAACACAUAUUUAAAACUUGGAUUAUUGGGUCAGCAAAAUGCUACACGAUGUGGUCUGUGGUGGAUAGAAAUGUUGAAGGCACGAGAACUAUAUAAGGAGGCAGCUACAGUUUACUUUCGUAUUUGUGGUGAGGAUAUCCUACAUUCUGCUGUGAUGCUUGAACAAGCUUCAUACUGUUAUUUGUUGUCUAAGCCCUCCAUGUCACGCAAAUAUGGAUUUCAUCUAGUUCUUUCUGGUGAGCAGUAUAAAAAGUGUGAUCAGAUCAAACAUGCAAUUCGAACAUACAGAAGUGCUCUUUUUGUUUUUAAAGGAACUACUUGGAGUUAUAUCAAUGAUCAUGUUCAUUUCCAUAUAGGACAGUGGUAUGCUUCUCUUGGGAUGUAUCAUGUCGCUGUCAAGCAUAUGACGGAAAUCCUGGCUUGUAGUCACCAGUCCAAGACGACACAAGAAUUAUUCCUGGGUGACUUUCUUCAAGUUGUGGAGAAAACAGGGCGGACAUUUGAGGUAACAAAACUUCAAUUGCCUGUGAUUAACAUCUCUUCGCUCAAGGUCAUCUUUGAAGAUCACCGAACUUUUGGAUCACCUUCAGCUGUUAACACUAAAGAAAACUUGUGGCAUUCUUUGGAGGAAGACAUGAUACCAUCAUUUACUGCUGCCAAGAGUAAUUGGUUGGAGUUGCAAUCAAAGCUUAUCUUAAAAAAGCACACUCAAUCAAAUGUUUGUGUUACUGGAGAAGCUGUGAAGGUUAAUAUCGAAUUCAUAAACCCUCUGCAAAUCACGAUUCCCGUAUCUGGUGUUACACUUAUAUGCAAACAUUCUACUAGUACUGAUGAACUUACAUCAGAUGAAAAAGAGUCAAGUGUGACGACUGAUAAUGAAGUUGACCACUUCAGGGAUAUGAGCUCAUACAAUUCCUCCUUUUUGGUAUCCGAGGUUGAUUUCUCAUUACGAGGUGGUGAAACUACCACGGUUCAACUAUCAGUGACUCCCAAGGAAGUAGGUACUCUUGAAAUUCUUGGUGUUCGAUGGAAACUAUCAGGUACUAUAGCGGGCUUUCACAACUUUGAGUUGAACCACCCAAAGAAGAGUAUUGUAAAAGGAAGAAGGAAAGCAAAGCAGUCGCCUAAUGAGAAAUUUAAAUUUAUGGUGAUCAAGAGCAUACCCAAGCUUCAGGGUUCCGUUCACUCUUUACCUGGAAAGGCAUAUGCUGGAGAUUUGCGGCAACUUAUGCUGGAUUUGAGGAAUCCAUCAGAGUUUCCUGUUAAGAAUCUAAAGAUGAAGAUAAGCCACCCUAGAUUCCUGAUUAUUGGGAAUCAAGAAAAUGUGAAAUUAGAGUUUCCUGCUUGCUUAACAAAAAAGAUAGAUUCAGUGCAAAGUGAUGCACAUGCCAGUCCUAAUGUCAUGUCUGAAACAGUCUUUUCGUUUCCAGUGGACACUUCAAUUCAAGGCGAAACACCCUUAUUGUGGCCUCUUUGGUUUAGGGCUGCUGUUCCGGGUGAUAUUUCUCUCUAUAUAAGCAUUUAUUAUGAGAUUGAAGAUAUAUCAAGUGUCAUAAGAUAUCGCACUCUUCGCUUGCAUUAUAAUGUGCAGGUAUUACCUUCAUUAGAUGUCUCAUUUCAAAUCAGUCCUUCUCGAUUAAGAAUACAAGAUUUUCUUGUUCGAUUGGAUGUUGUUAACAAGACAAGCUCAGAAAGUUUCCAAGUUUAUCAGUUGUCAUCUAUUGGGCAUCACUGGGAAAUAUCAUUACUUCAACCUCCUGAUACAAUUUUCCCUUCGCAAACGUUGAUGGCUGGUCAAGCCAUAUCAUGUUUCUUCACAUUGAAGAAUUCAAGGAGAUCAUCGACAUCGGAAUACAACAUGUCUACCAUUCCUGUCGGAAGUGACGUGUUAUUGGUUCCUCAAUGCAGUCAGGAUUUAGUUUACAAUAUGAACAAUGUACCUUUGGUCAAUUUCCACUAUUAUGAAAGAUUGCAGCAGAAAGUGUCACAUGAGGAUCUGGGUGACUUAAAUACUGUUGAUUUUGUGUUGAUCUCUCGGCCUCUCAACAGUAGCAUCAAUCCUGGUUUAUCUGAUCCGCCUCAUGUUAUGUCUCACCAUACGUGUCACUUAAGUACUGCUAGCACGGGCCCCAUUUCAUGGCUAGUGGAUGGACCUCAAACCUUGCAUCAUGACUUCUCUGCAUCCUUCUGUGAAAUAAAUCUAAAGAUGCAUCUUUACAAUUCAUCCGACGCUACUGCUUUUGUAUGCAUUGACACCAUAGAUUUUGAUGGUAGUGGUGGACAUAUGAACAGUGCAAACACGGUUCAAUCAGCAACUCCUGAUAACCAAGCAGGGUGGCAUGAUGUCACACCAGCAACUGAACUCAAAGUAACACCAAAUGCUCCUGAAACCCAACCAGGAAAGGCACUAUCGUUGGACAGUGUUUCCCCAUACAUUUGGUCUGGAUCUAGCUCAACCAAUAUCAACCUGGAGUCCAUGUCCUCGGCAGAAGUUCCUCUUCAGAUUUGUGUUUUCUCUCCAGGGACGUAUGACUUGUCAAAUUAUGUUUUGAAUUGGAAACUUCCAUCUCAAGGUCUGGGAGCUAGUGAUGAAACGAGGCAGCAUUCGGGCAAGUGCCAGGGCUAUAAAUACCAUUUGACUGUGCUCCAGUCCACUUGAGAAGUUGAUAAAUUUUUUCAUGCCACAGUUGAGUUGAUUGUAUCUUUGGGCUGUAUAUAUAUACGCUCCAUGAAUUAUUAAAUGCCAACAGGAUCAUGGAACAAUGUAAAAGUUAUGACAGUGAUAAUGCACAAUUCAUCAAAUUGCCUAGCUGUUUUGGAUUGGCCAAGUUUGAGAGCGGGGAAGUUAUGAGCAAGUAGUUUCUGUAUGGUUCGCCUUUAACCAUGGAUGGAAUGUUAUUCUUACCUCAUUGGCGGAAUGCACAAGUGAGAGCAGUCCAAGAAUUGGUCACACCAAGCUUUCCGGCAUAAUUCCAUUGGUUCUUUCUGAUUUUUCAUGUAUGGUGGAUAGCAGUUAACAGUGUUAUAGUUUUGAAGACUCUUGCAGGGUUGAAAGACAGGAAGGAAGGGAUACUGUGUAUAAGUUUAGUUGAGAAAUAUAUGGUAUAAUGUGAUUAAACAGUCAAACUUUAUUGUUAAAAUAAUGAUUAAACUCGAGAGAAAUACAUGUGUUAUCUUUAAGUUGAACUCAAGUGUCAACACAGUUAGUUUCACUAGUCGUGUGUGCUAAAAAUAUGCGACAAAUUUACGAUGGUUGUAGGAGGCCUAGGAGGGCUUGUUGCUUAAAAAGAAAAUAGUGAAAAUGUUAGGUACUCGAGUUUACAUAGACUCGGUUUUUUUAAUUUUUUUGGAGGGGAUAGACUCAGUUGUUCUGUUCACUGAAUAUAUAGUAUGUUAUUAAUUUA